CUAUUCACAGCAAAGAUCUCAUUAUGAACAUCACGAUAUUGUACGGGAGUGAGACAGGCACUGCACAAGACGUUGCUGAACAAAUUUGGAAAAGUGCCAAAAGGAAAGGGUUGAAUAGCACCGUUUCUGCGAUGAAUGACUAUGACGUUAGAGGUCUCGAUUCAGAGAAAUUGAUAGUGUUCGUAGUUGCAACUACAGGCCAAGGAGAUCCACCUGACAAUAUGAGACAGUUUUGGAAAUUUCUGUUGAGAAAGCAUUUGCCAACCACGUUACUCUCCAAUUUAAUGUACGGGGUGUUAGGCUUGGGUGACAGUUCUUAUCAGAAAUUUAAUUUUGCUGCAAAGAAAUUAAACAAGAGAUUGAUACAACUAGGUGCGAAGGAAUUGCUGUCUAUCGGGCUAGCAGAUGAUCAGCACGAUUUAGGAAUAGAUGCUACUGUUGGUCCUUGGCUAGAAAGGUUCUGGAUGACAGUUUCUAAUACAUAUAAUGUUCCUACAAUAGAUUUGAUCAGUAAUCAGAAUAACAUCAUCGAAAGAUUCAAUGUUUCCGAAGUAGAGAGAAGUUCCAAGAAUGAUAAGUAUUGCUCGGCUGAUAUCUUCAUGGCAGAAGUCUCUUUGAACGAUGAAAUAAAAGUGGGUACAAUAAUUGAAAAUAAUAGAACCACCGCAAAAGAUCAUUUUCAAGAUGUUAGAUUAAUUAAAUUUAUGUCGGAUAACGUUAAUUAUGAACCUGGAGAUAUAGUGUACGUUAGACCCAAAAACUCCAAGGAUCAAGUCAAAAGAUUUUUCACCGUACUGAAUGACAAUAAUGUACAAUUAGAUCCAGAUAUGUUAAUUAGUGUAACUGAGAAAGAAAUUAAAGUACCCACUGUCCUAAAAAGAAUUUUAACGUUACGUCAAAUUGUCGAGCAAUAUUGGGAUUUGAACUUUAAACCACGACGAUCGACGAUGCAAGUACUAUCUUGCAUCAGCGAUAGUGAAUUGGAAAAGGAAAAAUUACAUGAAUUUACCACGGCCAGUGGACAGGAAGAGUUAUAUAGUUAUAUUAAUAGACCGAGAAGAAAUAUUUUAGAACUAUUGGCAGAUUUUCCACAUACGACUAGCAAAUUGAACGUAAAAGUACUAUUCGAGAUUAUGUCUCCUAUAAAACCACGAGCUUUUAGCAUAGCUUCAAGUUCAAGACUGACUCCGAACGAAAUCCAUCUCCUAGUGGCUGUAGUAAAAUAUAAAACAAAAUUAUUAGAACCGAGAUAUGGAUUAUGUUCUAACUGGCUGGCAACUCUGUUGGAGGGAGAGAAAAUAAUAUUUUGGAUACAGAAAGGAACUUUUAAAUUUCAAUAUGACAGGCCAAUGAUACUUAUUGGUCCCGGGACAGGGGUUGCACCGUUUCGUUCAGUUUUAUUAGAGAAAUCCGUGUCGAACAAGGAUUUGGAAGACUGUGUUUUAAUUUUUGGUUGUAGAAAUAAAGAAAAAGAUUAUCAUUGUAGGGAUGACCUCGAACGCUUGUCGCGAGAGAAGCAUUUACAGUUAUAUUGUGCAUUUUCCAGAGAUCAAGAAGAUAAAAUAUAUGUACAGCAUAUUAUACGCGAACAGAAACAAUUGUGUUGGGAAUUUCUUACCAGAAAUGGCAAUAUUUAUCUAGCAGGAAAUUCGAAAAAUAUGCCAAGCUGUACCGAGCCUGUUCGUCUCUCUCCUGGUUGGGAAGGUACAGGUAGACCUGAUGAGGAAUUAAAUUUCGAAGGUGUUACAAUGGAUCAAGCAGAUCUUGAAUUAAAUCCUCCCAAAGAUAGAUUAAAUAUAGUAUUCUGCAUAAUGGUACUUCAUGGAAUUGGUGCCUUGAUGCCAUGGAAUAUGUUUAUAACAGCGAAAAACUAUUUUGUAAAUUAUAAAUUAUCCGAGGAAUAUACAGGGAUUCAGACAAACUAUGCUACAAAUUUUCUCGCUUACGUAGCAUUUGCCGCACAAAUACCGAAUCUACUGUUUAACUGGUUAAAUGUAUUUUUACAAUUCGGCGGGAAUUUGACAACGCGUAUAGUAUGGGGCAUCUCUGUUCAAGUUUUAAUAUUUGUAUUCACCGUUAUUUUCGCAAUGACAGAUAGCUCUAACUGGCCUGGUGUCUUCUUUUGGACCACCAUGACUUCUGUUGUUAUAUUAAACACUGCUAACGGAAUUUACCAAAACUCUGUGUUUGGUAUGGCUGCAAAAUUACCAGCAAAGUAUACAGGGGCUGUUGUGUUAGGCUCGAACAUAAGUGGAACGUUUACAGCCUUAAUUAACUUACUUGCUCAAUACAUGGCACCAAACGCCCGGACCGCAGCGAUAUAUUAUUUUAUUACAGCUCUGUUUGUUCUUCUCGCAUGCUUUGAUACUUAUUUCGCACUCCCAAUAAAUAGAUUUUAUCGGUAUCGCGAAUUAUUACACAAGAAGGAAGUAAGUAAAAGACAGUUGGAAAAUAGUACGAGAGGCAAGCACGACACACCGCCUUAUUGGAAAAUAUUUAAACAAUGUUUCCCUCAGUGUGUCAACAUAUUUCUUGUAUUCUUUGUAACUCUGUCUGUGUUUCCAUCCGUUCAAUCUGACAUAAUAUCAAUGGAUCCGAACUUCAUAAUUCCACCUGAUUAUUAUGUCACUAUCAUGUGUUUUCUUACUUUUAACGUUUGUGCGCUAAUCGGUAGUUCCAUCGCAUCGUCGGUCCAGUGGCCUAGUAAAAGAUACUUGGUGAUACCAGUUGCUUUGCGCCUCUUGUAUAUACCAUUGUUUUUAUUAUGUAAUUACCAGCCGCGCGGUGUCACGAGAACACUACCGGUGUACAUUGAUAACGACUGUGCAUACUUUGUGAUCGCUGUUACGAUGGGUAUAAGUAGCGGAUAUUUGUCAUCGGUGGCCAUGAUGUACUGUCCAAGAAUGGUAGAAUCACAAUACACAGCAACGGCUGGUAUGUUUGGUGCAGCGACACUGAUCACUGGGAUAUUUAGUGGAAUAUUAUUUUCUAUGGCCAUGCCCAGCUUGGUAUCGAACAUAUCGUUUACGUUAUCUUAACGUGUACAGCGGCCAGUGAGAAGGUAUUGAACCAUAUUUAAGACCAUUCGUUAAGUAGAAGAAUCAAAAGAAGAGCGCAAAAAAAAUAAAAACGGUAUUGGUUAUCGUCGAGUACGAUCUAAUUUGCACUACUUAUAAUAGACUGUUCUCAGCAUCUGAGGACACUGAAGCCUGAAAAUAAAUAUUAUCGAUGUUUUCGAUUCGUUUUUUAAAAUAUUACAAACUUUUUUAUUACAUUAUUAAAAAAAAGUAUGUAAUAAGAAUGUUAGAACACCGAGUUUAAAAUUUGACAAAGAAAGAUGAAAACCUGUUGUUAUUCCAAGUUUCUAUUAAUGAUAGUAAUAGUUAAUCACUGCCCCAAUUAAAAUAUUAAUACUAAAUUGGACCAAUAAGCCUUAAUACCAUUAAAACCAUGAAUUAUCAGGUAUUUCACGCGUAUGAGUUAACUUGAAGCCGCUAAAAUAAGCACAUAAAAAAUCUUUACACUUAACAGUUGUUAUUUACAUAGACCAAAUCUACGAUAAGACUGUGGUUUGUUAACUUUUCGUACUAACAGUGUAACUAAAUUUAGGACUGAGCCAUAUACAAUAUUAUUGACAAAGAUGUUUAAAUGGGAAAAGAAACAUUUUCUUCUUUGUUAGACGCUUAGUAUUAUACUAACAUAAUGAAAUCUACGAUACUUAUAGCAGUUAAAGUACACACAGAUAUGGAAUGAAAUAACACAGUAAACAAACGUUUUUUAGCGGGAGAAAGACUUUUAUCAUGUUCUUAAUUGCUUUAUUAUACUUUAUAUGGUUGUGCCUUCAUCUUAAAUAGUAAGUAGAUUAUAUUACCUUUUAUUUGUUUUAUAUAUUUUGAUGCGCCGCAUUAACUUUUUUACAGUAUUUUAUUACUAACAGACAUGAAUACUGGACUACCAAUUCUUUUUCACAACAAUACGUAACGUUAUAAAGCGUAAAAAUAGUUUGAUUAACAUA